GUUAAAUCAAUAUGGCCGACUUUCACCGGUUGGUUUGUCUGUUUUGAUAUUUGAUAAAAAUAAUCUUUUUGUGUUACAUAAAACUGUCGUAGACCUGUCGAAUAUAUUUAUUGUGUACUGUAGAAUCAGUAUCUAACUAUGGAAGCGCUUAUACCAGUUAUUAAUAAGUUGCAAGAUGUUUUUAACACUGUCGGAGCCGAUGCCAUCCAAUUACCUCAGAUAGUAGUUUUAGGAACUCAGAGCUCUGGUAAGAGUUCUGUCAUAGAGAGUUUAGUGGGACGUUCGUUUCUUCCUCGAGGCCCUGGAAUUGUGACCAGGCGGCCCCUGGUUCUGCAACUUGUCUACAGUCCUAAGGAUAGCAAGGAACAUCGAUCGGCUGAAGAAGGAACUGUAAACCUAGAAGAAUGGGGCAAAUUCCUCCACACCAAAGACAAGAUAUACACAGAUUUCGAUCAAAUGCGACAAGAAAUAGAACGAGAAACAGACCGCAUGGCCGGCAGCAACAAGGGCAUCUGCCCAGAGCCUAUAAGCCUCAAGAUUUUCUCAACCAGAGUUGUAAACCUCACUUUAGUUGAUCUUCCUGGUAUCACCAAGGUGCCAAUUGGUGACCAGCCUGAAGAUAUUGAAAACCAAAUUAGAAAUCUUAUUAUCAAGUACAUUUCAAACCCAAACUCCAUAAUUUUGGCUGUGACUGCUGCCAACACAGAUAUGGCAACCAGUGAAGCUAUUAAAAUGUCCAAAGAGGUUGAUCCAGAUGGUAGGAGGACUUUAGCUGUUGUCACCAAGCUGGAUCUCAUGGAUGCAGGAACUGAUGCCAUAGACAUCCUAUGCGGCCGCGUCAUUCCCGUAAAACUUGGCAUUAUCGGCGUUGUAAACAGAUCGCAGCAAGACAUUAUUGAUAACAAAUCGAUAGGGGAUGCUCUCAAAGAUGAAGCAACAUACCUCCAAAGAAAAUAUCCGACGAUCGCCACACGCAAUGGCACGCCACACUUGGCAAAGACCCUGAACAGACUACUGAUGCACCAUAUUAGGGAUUGUUUGCCUGAAUUAAAGGUUCGCGUGAAUGUAAUGAUCUCACAGUUCCAAUCUCUUCUCAACUCUUAUGGAGAAGAUGUUUCGGAUAAGUCACAGACUCUACUUCAAAUUAUAACAAAGUUCGCUAGCGCAUAUUGCUCUACCAUAGAGGGUACGGCCAGGAAUAUAGAGACCACAGAACUUUGUGGAGGCGCCAGAAUAUGCUACAUAUUUCACGAGACGUUUGGCCGCACCUUAGAUUCCAUACAUCCCCUAGUCGGUUUGACGCGCAUGGACAUUUUGACCGCGAUCCGCAAUGCUACGGGUCCACGGCCAGCUCUGUUUGUGCCUGAAGUCUCGUUUGAACUGCUUGUGAAGCGGCAGAUCAGGAGACUUGAAGAUCCUUCGCUUCGUUGCGUGGAACUGGUACAUGAAGAGAUGCAGCGUAUAGUGCAGCACUGCGGCACGGAGGUGCAACAAGAAAUGUUGCGGUUCCCGCGCCUGCACCAGCGCAUCGUCGAUGUCGUCACACAGCUACUGCGCACCCGUCUGCCGGCUACUAACGCUAUGGUGGAGAAUUUGGUACAAAUUGAACUGGCAUAUAUCAACACUAAGCACCCUGACUUUCACCGCGAAGCUGCCUUGGUGUCGGGUUUGCUGAAGAGUACAGACAGUCUGAUGGACGAGCACAGCCCCGUUUACCGGCAGAAGACACCACGGCCUGCGUCCUCACCGGUAUUCGCCAUGUUCAAACUAUUUCUUCGACAAAUGGGUGAAAGAGGGUCCACCCUAGUAUUCUUGGCAAGUGUAUGGGAAUCACACAACAAGCAUGUGCCAGCGAUCACGGAUGGUCAGGAGAACAAGUCUCCAACUCAGAGUAAUAACAGUGAAUCUCCUGCAACUCCACAGAUGAAUGGAACCCCAGAGAAUAAAGUACUGACUCCUCAAAAGCCAGUGAACCUGCUACCAGAAGUGCCGAGCCAAACCUCGCGCAAGCUGUCCGACAGGGAACAACAUGAUUGUGACGUCAUUGGUGGGCGGAGCGAUGAGCCAUCAAUCCUAAUUCCUAACUCUGAGACAGUAGACGGCAUCAACGUGAUGCAAUUGAAUCAAAUGGGUGAUUUAGUGGAACGGCUGAUCAAAUCUUACUUCUACAUAGUGCGCAAGUCUAUCCAGGACUCGGUGCCAAAAGCUGUGAUGCAUUUCCUAGUAAAUUAUGUGAAGGAUAACCUGCAGUCUGAGCUUGUUACUCACCUGUACAAGUCUGAUCAGGCAGAAAGCAUGCUCAAUGAAUCGGAGCAUAUUGCCCAGCGACGGAAGGAGGCCGCUGACAUGUUGAAGGCUCUGCAGCGCGCUGGUCAAAUCAUCAGUGAGAUCCGGGAAACGCAUAUGUGGUGAUGGUCAUCGGAUGACGAAGACUCUAGUCUGUGAAUUAGUGAAUUUGAGCAGUGAGCUCUGUACAUACUCCUUUUAAAGUAGGUAAAUUAUGUGCAUUAGGCUUUUUUACUUACGAUUCACAUACAUUUGCUUUUAUCAUUCAACUCUGCCGCUCUCUUCGCUAUGUAUUAGAAGUAUGUAUUUAUUCAUGACAUAAUGUCGCAAACCAAAAAUUCUGAGUAAAAGCAGAAAUGUAGAAGCAAAUGCAUGUUAGUUAUUAGUUGGGACAUUUUUAAAAUGGCACCGCAAUGAAACUAUAAAUUAAGUAUUCAGUCAUUUUGCAAUGUUUGUUGUAGAAAGUACUUAUUGUUGUCAAUUGAUAAUUUUUUAUCAUGUAGGAAGUUCUAUUUGUGUCAUCAUGCAUGAUUGUUUUAAUAGUUCAAGCUCAAAUAUGUGUGCCUUGUAUCAGACUGCUCAUUGUGAACUUUGUUGUGUAUAUUUAUGCUCUCGAAAGUUUUUCGAAUUUAUAGCCAUAAUAACCUUUAUCUGUGUGUACACAUUGAGCUUGAGUUUUUAAAACACUUAAACAUUCACAAGUUGGUAUUUUUUUUCGUUUGACUUAAGUUUUUGUUAGAACUAAUGGCGCUUAUAUUAGCUUGAGUUUAGGCGAUCGUGUGGUUCCAUUGUUGAUGUCUUAGAUAACUGGACAAUUAAAUAAACUUUGAAAUAUUUGCUAGAUAACGGUACAGUAUGGUUAUAUUCGUUUAAAAGAACUUGAAACCCGUUUCCAUGAUGAUGUAAGUGGUACUUGAUACAUAAUGAAUUUACCUUUUUAUUUUGGUUACACAAAACUGUGCCAAUACAUUUUAUAUGACGAUGCGUCGAGAUGACUUCUAAGAAUGAUUAAAUGUUGCACAAAUGUUAAAUGUUCACUUCAGUUACCAUUUCACUAUUGUAUGAAUAUGCACAUAAUGUAGGCGUAACUAUGAAAUGUACUCACAUGUAGUUAUUAAUGCAGUGAUAUUACUUGUAAUGUCUACUAUACAGACAUUGUCGUAAAAGUUGGCUGUCCUUAGUAGUUUACUGUACCUUAUAAUGAAAUUGUUUUGCUCGUAAUGUAAUGAUUGAAUGGUGUGUAGUCAGAUACUAUGAAUCGUUUAGAUGUAUUAUUCUGUCUAUCCCUAUUUACAGGGUCGGUUGGUAAUUUUUAAAGUAGUUGUCUGUGACCAAUACAAGGCUUUUAUCAUUGAUUACAUUGUAAGUUGAUUUAGGGCAAUAUGAUAAUAGUAAUAAUAAAUUGCUUUUACAGUAUAUUUUAAAUAUAGUUCCUUGUUCAUUAGUUUUUAAUUUCGCAUGCUGUGUUAUAAAAAUUCAUUCACUUUUUCAAGUCAUUUUGUGUCAUGUCCAUGCUAAAGUAAUUUAUUUGUUUUUAUCAUGAUCUAGCAUAGUGAGUAUUCCAAUGUUACAUGAUGUAUUUAUUGUUAAAGUCCAAAAGUGAUUUGCUUUAUGUAUCAAACAAAACCAAUUGAAUGUUACAUAAAUAAGAUUGUAUUUAAAAGUCUGUUAAAUAUUAAAAUAGAUUAAUUGUCAUGGUCAA